GUCACGUUCACACACUUUAUUUUAGUGUAUGUAGUUAGUUAAUAUGCCUGGAGCAAUGACACCAGCGCUUGCUCUGUCCCUCAGCUUAGUGGACAAUUAUAGUGAGGGUCAAUUAAGUACAUUGUAUAUGAACGAUGACGAGCAUAGCGAGGCAGGUAGUGAUGAGGAGGUAGAGGAGGCAGAUGGAGCGGCUCAGUUCGAUCCGGACGCAACCUUAGAAAUCACGGACAAAGAGUUCUUAUCCAUCGAUAGUGUUGAAGGGUUCGGUGCAAAGCUAAAACUUACCGCAAUCAGUCCGGCGAAUAUCUUCAACUUGCUGAUAUAGUCAGCGCAUAACGCACAGAGUUUAGAAACACCUGUAAUCGAGUAUGCAAAAAAAAUUUAGCACAGACAAAACAAGGCGAGCAUAUCAUGUUAUAAACUUUAAAACUAAAUUGCGC